AGCCUCGCCCCGAGCCUGGAGCCCAGCGCAGAACAGCAGCGAGCCUCCUUAAGAGACACGAGAGGGGAGGAGAGAGCUCUCCCUCUGGUACAGCAACCCCACCUCCCGCUUAUUUCAUCUUCCUUACAAGGCUAAAGCCAGAAGCUUUCCUCGGCGCCUGGCUCCCUUAAAAGCAGGAGAACAAGCCCAAGGAUCCCGGUAGAGCCCAGCCGGGAUGUGCUGCUGACAGAGCCCCGUGGAAAGCACAGCAGAGGAGGGUGACAGUCACCUGGGAAUCCCAAACCAGGUGUCCAGUGAUGCAGAUCUUCUAAAGAAACACCAAAGCAAACCCAAAAAGAAAUCACUGAGGGGGAAAAAAGUGCAACAUGAGAGCUAAAACGAAAAAGUGGGCUGUGGAGAAGAGCUGCUGGGAUCUCUGACAGACCUUGAGGACAUCUCCUGGUGGACAAAUUCUGCUGUGGCUCAGCCUUGCAUGCAGAGCUGGGGUUCAGCAGACCAGCAUGGAGGUGCUGCGUCGCUCCUCGGUCUUUGCUGCAGAGGUGAUGGAGGUUUUUGACAGGUCUCCCACUGACAAGGAGCUUGUGUCCCAAGCCAAGGCUCUGUGCAGAGACUACAUCAACUCCAGGCUGAUCCAGGCAGGUGUGAGCUGGAGCAAACCCGAGCACAACACGCCGGUGCCCGGGGGGAAGUUGGCCGAGGUCUCCACCAUACUGCUGCGGCUUGGGGAUGAGCUGGAGUACAUCCGUCCCAACGUGUACCGGAACGUGGCGCGGCAGCUGAACAUCUCGCUGCACUCCGAGUCCGUGGUGUCCGACGCCUUCCUGGCCGUGGCCACGCAGAUCUUCACUGCAGGCAUCACGUGGGGCAAGGUGGUGUCGCUGUAUGCCGUGGCAGCGGGGCUGGCCGUGGACUGCGUGCGGCACGCGCAGCCAGCCAUGGUUCACACCAUCGUGGACUGCCUGGGCGAGUUCGUGCGCAAGACCCUGGUGACGUGGCUGAAGAGGAGAGGAGGCUGGGCAGACAUCACAAAGUGUGUGGUGAACACUGACCCCAGCCUUCGCUCCCACUGGCUCGUGGCUGCUCUUUGCAGUUUUGGGCACUUCCUCAAGGCCAUCUUCUUCGUCCUGCUGCCUGAGAGAUGAGUCUGAGAUUCCAAGCACAGCCCCCUUGCCCCAUCUUCUCUCCCACUCCAGAAGCAGCGAGAAGUAACUGGAGAAGUAAUUCCAGACUGGUAAUGGCAAUCUCUGAAGAGGAGGAAGAGAAGAACUGGGACAAUAAAAAAAGCCUUGUUCUCCUCUCCCAUCAAGUGGGAGCAGAUGAUCAACCACAGUCUCCUAUUUGCAGCCACAGGAGCCUCUCUCACCAUUAAUCCUUCCAAGACUCGUUUCCCUGGGUGUCCUGCAUGUGUGGCCCAGGUGUGGCUGGGGCUGUCAGGUGUCAGCUCCUCGUGGCUGUGCUGCAUGCUUCUGCCAGCCCCAGGCAGAGGGCAGGAGCAAGGGAAUGUUGUUUCAAACGGGAUAAGGAAAUAGGAGAGGGAGAGAGUUCCUCCUUCACUCCACAUGAUUUCCCUUUCAGCCCUCAGACUUGCCUUGUGUUGGUGUUGUUUCGUUUGUGCUUCAACUCCAUCUCCUCCUUUAUCCCUGAUUCACUCGGUGGGCUCUGCCCAGCACUGCAUGGUGGGUUUUUAAUGAGAUAAAACCAAGCAAUCUGUCAGCAGAUGCUUUUCCCUGCCAUGUUUUGGAGGUUGGUGUGAGGGGCAGGAUGACAGAGCAAUGUGUGUCUUGCUGACCCCUCUUACUGCACUCACCCCAGUCAAACAGCAGAGCAAGGGGCAAUGCCUUCAAACAGCAGCUCAGGAUGGAAUCAUGAAUAAAAAUGAUUCAUCAUGAAGAAAAAUGCAUUCUCCACUGAGAUUCUGUCAGAGCUAAGCAUGGAAGUAGGAAAGGCUGGGGGAUGUGGGCAGAAAUAGGGAAGCAGCAAGUGGUCUGGCUGGCAUUGUGAAAGCGGUGAGCUGUGCUGAAAGUAGCUGAUGUAUGUUUCUCCUUUAAUCUCUUUCAAGUACAACUCAGUAGUCUUCUUUGUGGCAAACAAUAAAAGAAAAUAAGUGGUAUUUCA